AUGUCUUCCAAUGAUAAUGGCUGCCAGCCAGAGCACAACGGCAAUCCUCACCGGCAUGAGAAAGUGGAAAAAUUGACAUUUGAAAAAUUUUCAAAAGAGCUUCUCGUCCUUCCCGAUAAGCACAGAAGGGCCGUGGCAUCUAUUGGUUUGGACUCUUCUGGCGUUCGGAUGUUUACCGCUGGCUACGACCACAACUUAAAGCUUUGGGAAAAGGGGCUGUUGUUUCGAGAAGACGAAGAGCCAUUUGGCACAUAUCCCCUUCGUGCAAUCGGUUUUUCCUCUCGUAGCGAAAAAGUUCUCAUAAUACCCCGCUCCCCUCAGCCUGCUUUGGUGACAAGAGAUGGUCGGCUAAUAGGCGACCCGUAUCUUUUAGACAAGCGCAAAACCAUUGGCCAUUCUGGAGCCAUGUGUGGCGGACAAUGGCAUCCCGUCAUUUCCGAAUGCUUUGUUACGGGAUCUGUCGAUGGGACCAUUAGGACCUGGGAUGCCCACUCGCGCGGCUGUGCCUCUGUAAUUAUGGCAGGGCCAAGGAUCCAGCUUUCGGCUGUUUCUUGGCUUCCAGAUGGAUCUGGAAUCAUGUCUGGAUCUAACGCCGGUCUGGUUCAGCUUUGGGUCAACAAUAAAAAGCAGGCGUCGCUGUCCCUGCCCCAAGCAGCGCUAAUCACCAGCAUUGCGUUCACGAAAAACGAAAGCGUUGCAAUUCGAUCCAUGGACGGCUUUAUCAGGCUGUGGGAUAUGCGGAAGCUUUCCCCAAAAGAGCCUCUUGCAUCUGUCUCUGCCUUGCCAACUGCAUUCGAGGAGGCCGAUCUCGUCUUAUCUCCGGACGGGGCUCUCCUUGCCACAGGCAUAUCGAAUGACAGAGAAGGGCCUGGAUCGCUUAAAGCAUUCGAUUCCAAGACGCUUGAAUUAAAGGAAGAAGCCGGAGUUGUUCGAGUUGCAUGGGACUCACAUCAGCUUGUGAUGGGCUUGUCUGAUGGUUCUAUCAACCUGUUCACGGAAGACAACUUUACCCCUCGGUGCUCUUCAUCUUCUGUCGCCAAAAAGGCCGCCCAAAAGGGCCAAUCUGCCGAUCUUGUUUAUGCAGACGUCGAUAUUAACGCCGGUGUGUAUGCCCCGGAGACGGAUCCGCUUUAUGAUGAAGAUUUUAUAGACCUGGGGCCGAUUCCGACCCGCAAGCGGCCGGACCCCAUUGCCACAAAGAGGCCCGAGCUGCCCCCCAUUUAUGGGCCCGGUAAAGGCGGCAAAAUUGGAACGUCAAUUUCGCAGCACAUUUUAAAGCACUUUAUACCGGACAGGAGCAGAGCUGAAGCCCAAGGUUUGUGUGUAAAUAAUAAAUUGGCCCGAGCCGAAAUUGUAAAUUUGAAUUUGUACUCGGGCGCCAACAACAUGCUUGAUCACCAACAGCUGUCCCCGGCAGGCGGCGAUUCCCUCUCAGCUCUUCACCUAUCGCUUUUAUCCGACACCACAUCCUCGUCGUGGUUGGAUGCAACCGCUGAAAAUCUGCUGAAAAACUCAAAUUCCUCGUCCGCAAAUCUUUUUGAGGAUUCAAUGUAUCGCUCCUUUGUAAGGGCUCAAGGCGGUAUUGCUCCCGCUGAAAAUUUAGACAUCACAGAUUGCUCCUUUUUUGAGGAUACCUCGACCUUUACAAGGAAAAAUGGCUCUCAGUUUUCUUCGUCAACUGACGAUGCUUCCCAAAUUUCUUCUUCUUCUCGCCAAAGCUCGUCCUAUCAUCAUGUUCCUUCAAAAUUUUUAGACUCGAUUUCCAUCAAUCACAAUGACUUUAGCCAAAUGAGGCUCAAUUCAAUUACCGCUGACACGUCCAGCAUUUUUCUUGGCAGAAAUCCGCUGACUUUUUAUGAACCGCUUCCUGCGUCUCUCAAGGGCUCAGGAUCUUCGCUCAAUAAGGUCAAAAGAUUCCUUGCUGCAAUUAAGGCGUCCCAUUAUUCGAUGCAGCCUCCCCAAAAAGACUUUUCUUUCUCGACUCUUCAAAGCAAAAGAAAACAAAAAAAGUCAAAAAAACAACCCCCCUCAAUAGGAACGGCUGCAACGGCCGUGAUGGAGCCUAAAACGGCUGCCGCCAGCAAUGCUAACAAGAAGCUACCAGCACCAGAUUCUUUGCAGAGCAUAAUUGAUGUCGAGAAUGAAAAAAAUCGGACCCAAACGGAUCCGUUUUGGACGCGGUUUGAUGGCUGCAGGUUCUUUCAAAGAAACAUCCACGACUAUGUGCAUGUGUUCAGAAUAUACACCUCUGGAAUAACCAUAAAGUUCUAUUCCAACGCAAGUGCAAAAGAAAAACUUCCCGUCGACUUCAAGGCAUCGCCGGAACUGUCUGACUUGGACCCCGCCCUUCAGGGGUCGAUAUUUUAUUAUUUAAAAAAGGGGCUGCAGAAAAAACAGAUCAUGGCGAAUAACGACGUCAUCCACUACUACUUGGAUACCGGGAUCACAUGCAUCAUAUGUGCCAAAACCGGAACUAAAACCUACAAAUGGCCAAACGGGCAGGUGGAAAAGUACUUUUCCUCUGCAGCAUCGCUGCCUUUUGGGAGAGCCCCAAACUCACAGACAAAUAACGAAAGGCCGCGUUCUGAGCUGAUCCACGAAAUUGUAUACCCCGAUGGAACCGUUUAUCAAAGGCUGGAAAGUGGCAAGACCUUUUUUUCAAAAAAGUAA